AUGCAUCAGGAUUACUGCCUCAUGCCUAGCUCGGGCCAUCAAGCCCAACUCAUGGAGAAGCCCAGCCGUGAUGGACCGCGACUAGGCCCAGAUGACUGGCCCAGCUAUUCCUACCCUCAUUCUUCGCAAGGCUACAAUAUUGUCACCGGACCGUACGCCAUCCAGAAGUUCUCGGUCGUGCAAAGUGAUGACCCGUUUGUUCCAGCCGGUACUGUCCCGACACACCACCCUCUUUCGGACGGUCAGCAAGCUCAGUAUGCCCAAGAUGCCCAACAUCUGCGGGAUGGGUCAGAUUGCCAAAACCCUCUUGGGCAAUCGGCUGAUGGUUUCACCAACCACGGUGACUCUGGAUAUGGCGGAAGUCACCCUUCCGGAAGUGUUGCGAGCCCUUCCGUCAAGGUUGGCCCUAAAUGCAAGCAGUGUCCUUUUCAAGCCAAAAAUAAUUCGCAUCUCAAAAAACACAUGAAUCGUCACAACAAACCCCACGAAUGUAGGACCGAGAAUUGCAAAAGGGGCUUUGCUACGCUAAAUGACCGAAAAAGGCACGAAAGUGCUGUGCAUCGAGAUGAGUCGCGAUAUCGAAGUCAUUCAACUUGGUACAAAUGCAUCCACUGUGUAAACCUGCCUGAAAAACAGAGCAGGCGGAAGCGGACUGAAUGGCCCAGAAAGGAUAAUUUUCUGGCCCAUCUCGCGCAAGUGCACUCUAUCCGUUGCUGCCCUUCAGACAAUUUAGGCCAGUACAUUGUCCGAGAUCAACCGGAGUCAACAGAGAACUCUGACGUAUCCGUUCACGUACGAGAAGAGGCCCGAGAGAAUGAUUUGCAAGGGGUGGGGUCUCUGCCUGGUUUCGCCAGUCCGUUUGCGAACAUGACGGUGUACGCAAAUGAGAUUGCGAAUUUGCCCGGAGAUCAGACCAGCAACCUUACCCAGCAGCGGUUCAACAUGGUCUUCCGUCGCAAUUUCCACGUCUUGACCAGCACCAACAUUCUGGAACACCAAGCAGACCAAGAACUCGGAUUCAUCAACCCUCAUGUGCUGAGGCAGGAGACGGGCCAUGGAAUGAGGGAUCCUCUGCAGCAUGCCGCAUCGACCGCGACUGCGCUGGACAGCUCGGCUGAUCAUCUUUCAGUAAUAUCGUCCGAGUUUCAUAAUCCAUCAAGCGGCGAUGACGCCAAUGACACGCAUUUUCCAAGACGCCAAGCCUACGAGGUGACGGCCCUGGGCCAUCAACCGACUUGUAUGCCAUCAACUGCAUACUUGAACAUGGAGCAAGUUGCGGCACCUCAGAUGUCACCGAUGACGCAUCCUCUUGCUCAAACAAACCAGCCUGGCGAUGUCAUGGCACUCUUGGAGCAACCCCCGCCGGAGAUUUCAAAGACUGCUGCCAACGAGGUGGUAGUCCUGGACAGUGCAGGAGCGGCGAUAACACGUUCGACAUCACAACCGCCGGUGCCCUCCUGUGCCAAUUGUGGAAAGACGUUCAAGAGAAGCUGCGAAUUAACGAAGCAUAAGAAGAGGCACUCGAAACCCUACGGAUGUACCUGGCUAGAUUGUGCCAAAACCUUUGGUAGCAAGAAUGACUGGAAAAGACAUGAGAGCAAGCAGCACUUCAAACUUCAAACUUGGAAUCGCGACAUGGGUGAGUGUGAAGAGACGCUGGAUCGUCGAGAUGCACUCAAGGUGCAAAUGCGGAGAGGACAGGGCAGUACCGGGACAGGAGACGGCCAAUGUCGGCGAGGGUCGCCUAUCAUUGCAAGCUUUUGGUGUGGAUUCUGUGUCGGGCACGUUGACGUGGACCAUGACAAGGGAAGCGACAACGCGUUGACCCAGAGAUUUGACCAUAUCGACGAUCACUUUUGCGGAAGAGACGGAUUCACAAAGCGAAGCAUAGAGGACUGGAAGCACGAGCCUCGACCGGGCCCAACCCUUGAAGCACGUGAUGAUGGAAGAGUGCAGACGGCAGACGGCGUGCCCAUGUUCUCUCUUUAUACUAGCCAUCGACCGGAGCGGAGUGCAGAGCUGUCAAUCUCCGACUCCUUGUCGGAGAAGAGACGGAAAUCGGGAGUGGUGGAGAUGUGGAACUGUUGCCAGUGCGCAACGCCCAUGAAUGUAAAGACGUGUCCGGCAUGCGUAAACUGCGGACAUCAUCGUUGCGGAUAUUGCGGCCUCAACAGAGAGGUCAUGCAUGUCGAGGAUGUGAUUACGGAAGCAAGUGGACGGACUAGAACAGAAUGCCAGGACGGGCAGGACCCUUGA